UCCACAGACAAAGCAGGGGUGGGUCUCAUGUGAAGAGCCUGGAGCACUGUAAAGGGUGCUCCCUGCACCUGAACUACAGUAAACAAAAUCCACUGGACACAGGAGUUUCUGUAACCUUUUAAAUCGUCAACAUGGGUCAGCUCUUCUCUGACACAUCUAAGAAAGAAGACAAUGAAGAUUUGGUGUCCAGCUUCAAUGAAUAUUUUAAAGACAUUAAGACAGAAAACAAAAUCAUUUCUCAGGAAACCAUCGAUUUAAUAAAAUUACACCUGAACAAAGGAAACAUUCAUGGGGCGAACUGUUUAAUCAGUGAUACAUUAAGAAAUAUUGAUAAUGCUCCAAUAAAUAUUGCUGUGACAGGAGAGUCUGGAGUAGGAAAAUCCAGCUUCAUCAAUGCCCUGAUAGGGAUUGGACCUGAAGAGGAAGGGGCAGCUGAAGUUGGGGUAAUAGAGACAACUAUGAAGAGAACUUCUUACAAACAUCCCAAAAUUGAAACGUUGACCUUAUGGGACUUGCCUGGUAUUGGAACUCAGAAAUUCCCACCAAAAACUUAUCUGGAGGAAGUAAACUUCAAAGAAUAUGAUUUCUUCAUUAUUGUUUCUGCCACACGUUUUACAAAACUUGAAGUAGACCUCGCCAAAGCAAUCACAAUUAUGAAAAAGAAUUACUACUUUGUGAGAACCAAGGUGGACAUUGAUGUAGAAAAUGAAAGGAAAACCAAACCACGUACUUUUGAAAGAGAAAAGGCCCUGAAGCAGAUCCAAAGCUAUUCUGUGAAAGUCUUUAAUGAUAAUAACAUGGCUGUACCACCAAUUUUCUUGAUCUCUAACUAUGAUUUAUCUAAAUAUGAUUUUCCAGUCCUGAUGGACACCCUGAUUAAGGAACUCCAUGUUCAAAAGCGCCACAAUUUUAUUCUUUCCCUGCCUAACUUUACAGACGAAGCCAUUGACAGAAAGUACAAGGCUACACAGCAGUUUAUCUGGCUAGAAGCCUUCAAGAUUGGAGUAGUGGCAAUUUUUCCUGUACUGGGCAACCUCAGGAAUAAAGAUAUGGAGAAGAUAAAGAACACUUUAAACCACUAUCGAAAAAUCUUUGGAGUGGAUGAUGAAUCCCUGGAGUUGGUGGCUAAGGAUUUCCAAGUGCCUGUUGAACAAGUAAAGAAAACAAUGAAGACUCCUCAUUUGUGGAAGAAUUAUAGAGAGGAAACGUUUAGGAACAAUUUCAAGAAACUUGCAUCAGCUUUUGGUAGGCUCCUUGCUGUAGGUUGUUACUUCCCUGCAAUCUAUUAUUUACAACUUCAUAUCCUUGACAGUGUGACUGAAGAUGCCAAAGUUCUCCUUCGAUGGACAUAUUCAAAACCUAGUUCAAACUCAACUUAUCCAUAGCUUCUGACCUUGACAAAAUCAAGUGGCCUAUACCAUGAAUUCACUAGGAAAAUUACUCCUCUGAUAUCUUUUCUUUACAGCCAAUCCACUACCACCAUAGGAAAACCUGGGGGAUAAAGAUCAUGUGUCUUAAUAUGUCAGAACUUGACAAUCCCCAAUCCUUCUUCAGUUCUAAAAUUUCCCCUAUAUCCUUUUCUCUUUCAUCUAUAUAUACAUACUUAAAUACAUAUAUACUUACAUACAUAUAUACACACAAAAAAAUACCAGUAAACAUACAAAUGCAUAUGCACAAAAAAUACAAUAGGUGUUUUGUAGCCAUUUUCCUAAUCAAAACAUCCUAAAAAAGAUUCAGGAAGAUGGGGUCUCUAUGUUCAGUACAUAAAACACUUGGCAUGUUUGAUGGUUUGAAUAUGCAUGGCCCCAUAGAUUCAUUUAGGUAUUGCCUUGCUAGAAUAGGUGUUGUCUGUUGGGGGAAGUAGAUGUAUUUGAGGUCUCAUAGAUGUUUAACUUAUACACAGUUUUGUACACAGUCUCCUUCUGCUGCCUGCAAAUCAAGAUGUAGUCCUCUCAGCUCAUGCUUCCCACAUGAUGAAAGUGGAAUAAACAUCUGAACUGUGAGCCAGUCCCAUUUAAAUAUUUUCCUUUAUAAGAGUUGCCUUGGUCAUGGAGUCUCUUCACAGCAACUGAAACCCAAAGACGGAAAUUGUUACCAGGGACAUGGGUAUGACUGUGAUAGACCUGACAAUGUUAUCAUUUGGAGAAAUUUGGACUUUGGGACUUUGUGUUAAGAAAGCAGUAGAAGGCUCUAAGAGCUAUUUAAUGGGCCAUACUAGUAAGAGCAUUGAAGACAGUCUUGGUGGGGAUGAUGUAAUAUUUGAGUCAUAGAUUAAGAGCUUUCAGAGAAGAAGCAGUUUAGUAUGUUCCCUAGACAACAUACUUGUGUUAUUUUGGUGAAGAAUGUGACUGCUUUUUGCCCUUGUCCAAAGACUCAGUCUAAGGCUAAAGUGAAAACAUUUAGAUUAAUUGCAUUAGCAAAGAAAAUCUCAAAACAGCCUAAUCUAGACACUGUCCUGUGGUUAAUUCAUUUUGAAGAUGAUUUUGAUGAAACCGUGCAAACUUAGAAAGGGGGGGAAGUAUGGUUCAAGGAGUAAAGGGGCAGCAGGAAGUGGAAAGGAGCUAAAUCCUGUGUUCAAUGAGAUAAACAGAUUAAAGGUAUUAAAUGGAAUUAAGGGAGUGGUAACCUCAGG